AUGGAUGGUCCACCGGGUACUGGUAAUGCCAAUCUAGGCCCUCCUAAUAUGCCAAGUUUUCCUCCUAUCCCCCCACCACCUGGAUCAAUUGCUGGUCCAAUGCCUCCGCCAUCGGGAUCUAUACCCCCUGUAAGUUCAUCUUCUGGUCCGCCUUUACCCCCUGGAAUGGGACCUCCAGGAAUGAUGAAUAUGGGCCCUCCACCGGGUAUGGGCCCUCCUCCACCGGGUAUGGGGCCUCCGCCACCAGGAAUGGGUCCCCCGCCACCUGGAAUGGGUCCCCCGCCGCCAGGGAUGGGCCCCCCGCCGCCAGGGAUGGGCCCUCCGCCGCCAGGGAUGGGCCCUCCGCCGCCAGGGAUGGGCCCUCCGCCUCCAGGUAUGGGUCCACCUCCUCCAGGUAUGGGUCCACCUGGCAUGGGUCCCCCUGGAAUUAGUGGUCCACCUAGAAUGACUUCUAGUAUGAUGCAUGGAAGUCCCAAUGUGAAGAAUAAUUACAAUCAAACGAUGGAUUUAGGCCCGCCUGGAUUGGGUCCACCUCCAAAUAUGCCACUACCUGGGAUGGGUCAUGGCCCUUGGGAAGGUCAAGGACCUUCUGGGUGGAGCAGGCAAGGAAUAGAUGAUGGUACUGCUGGGUGGGAUGACAGAGAUGAUGAUCAUGAUGAUGACCAUGAGGAUGAUGAGGACUCCAGUGGUCUAAACACUUCUCUACCAUCUCUUCUGACUAUGAAAAUAGAUACACCUGAAGAGUUCAGAAACAAACCAGCUUCUGUGACUGGUGUUGUCUUACCAAAAGCUUUAGAAGAAGCCUUGGCAUACAAAGAUCAAAGACAGGCUGCUUUAGGAAAGGAAAUAGAAAGGGCACCAGCUGAUGAAGAAGAACCCGUAGUUCCCCCUGCACCUGUGAUAAGUACGGAAUAUGAUGUUGAGGAUGAUGAAGGUGAAUCUGAUGAAGAAAAUAUACCUGAGGCUCCACAACCACCAGUUAUAUCUAAACAAGAGGCCCAACCAAAUAAAGCUAACAAGAAUAGACGUAAGAAGAAAAAGAAGAAGGAAGCAAAGCAGAAACGUCGAGAAUCAAAAACUCAAGACAAGUCUAGCAUUGAUGAGACUCAAACUACCAGUGACAAAGAAAAUAAAAAAGAAGCAGAAAUUGAAUAUGUGCAGGAGAAUAUUCAAUUCCAUGAGUUAGAACCGAUGUAUCGGCAAUUUCAUCGUGUUUUAGAAGCAUUCAAAAUUUGUGAGCAGAAAGAAGAGGAGAUUAAAGAAGAAAAGGGAGAUCAGCCUAAACAAAGCAAACUGCUUGAAAAAGUCACUGAUCAAUUUGCAGCUGAUGAAGAAGCUGUGGAGAAACACGCAGCGGAAGAAAAGGAGCGUCUAUCCAAACGGAAAUUGAAAAAGCUGUCUCGUCUGUCAGUUGCGGAAUUGAAGCAAUUAGUAUCACGUCCGGAUGUAGUAGAAAUGUAUGACGUCACAGCGAGAGAUCCUAAACUACUUGUACAGUUAAAGGCGCACAGGAACACUGUACAAGUGCCUAGACAUUGGUGUUAUAAGAGGAAGUAUCUCCAAGGAAAGCGUGGUAUUGAGAAGCCUCCGUUUGAUCUACCGGAUUUCAUUAAGAAGACCGGUAUCAUGGAGAUGAGGGCCUCGCUGCAGGACAAAGAAGAAACAAAAACAUUAAAAGCUAAAAUGCGUGAGCGUUCGAGACCUAAACUUGGCAAGAUCGAUAUUGAUUAUCAAAAGCUUCAUGACGCAUUCUUUAAAUGGCAGACCAAGCCGCGUAUGACCAUCCAUGGGGACUUAUACUACGAAGGGAAAGAGUUUGAAACUCGGCUGAGGGAGAAAAAGCCUGGAGACUUGUCCGAAGAACUUAGGACAGCACUUGGUAUGCCAGUUGGGCCUGGCUCUCACAAGGUGCCGCCCCCAUGGCUGAUCGCUCAACAACGUUACGGGCCGCCACCGUCGUACCCUAACCUAAAGAUUCCGGGGUUAAAUGCCCCCAUACCAGAAGGAUGUGCAUUCGGAUAUCACGCUGGAGGCUGGGGCAAACCUCCUGUAGAUGAAACAGGGAAACCCUUGUACGGAGAUGUUUUUGGACAUCAGUUGAGCGGACAAGAUGACAAUGAAGAUCAGGACAUAGACAGAACAUUGUGGGGUGAAUUAGAAUCUGAAUCUGAAGAGGAGUCGGAAGAAGAGGAAUCGGAUGAAGGCGAGAAGAUGGGCGAGCCUGACGUGGCCACUGGAGUGGCUACACCAGGGGAGGGACUUGUCACUCCCCUGGGCAUUUCCUCUGUUCCCCCUGGCCUGGAGACUCCAGACACUAUUGAGCUUAGGAAGAAGAAAUUGGAUGAUGUUGAAGGUGGAGAGACUCCAGCCCUGUACCAAGUGCUUCCGGAGCGACGUGUCGGUCUCACUGCCGGAAUGAUGGCUUCCACUCACGUGUAUGAUAUUAAUGCGGCUAACCCAGGCAAAGCGCGAGUAUCGGCCGAUGCCAGCAGUGGAGUGGCAACUAAUCCUGGAGUAGUGGAAGUGGCUUUGGACCCUUCAGAGCUGGAAUUAGAACCGGAGGCAGUGGCAGCGAGAUAUGAAAGACAUUUGAGAGACCAACGCCCCUCGAAGCGGGAGGACCUGUCUGACAUGCUGGCGGACCACGUCGCUCGCCAAAAGAAUAAAAGAAAGCGCCAACAGAACACGGACUCAAAGCAAGCAAAGAAGUACAAAGAGUUCAAAUUUUAA